AUGCCGCUUCGACCGGAUAAGCAACAUCCUCAGGAUCAACAAAUACGCCGACUGCUUGGCACCCAACAACUACAACAGGAGCCCUCCAAGAUGCGCAUGGAUCAUUUCCCCUCAACUGGCCAGUCUCAAGUUGACCAACAGGAUGACGAGAACACAUGGUCACCUCUUCAGCUCGCCGCUGCAAAAGGGGACGUGGAUGAGGUCAGGCGGCUUUUCGCCCAAGCUACGGUUGAUCCUAAUGAGCCACCUCGAGGGUACUAUGGGAAAACAGCACUCCAAGCUGCCUCGUUUAAUGGACACCUCGCUGUAGUUGAGGCAUUACUAGCCGUAGGGGUAGACGUUAACCCCCCUGGAGGAAACAACGGGGGCCAAGCAGCCGUGGUUCUGGCCUCGGGAGCAGGGCAUAUGGAUAUCGUUCGUCUCCUGGUCUCCGUGGGAGCGGAUAUAAAUCUUCCACCCCAUAAGUAUAUGGGCCGGACCGCCCUACAGGCUGCUGCGGAAGGGGGGCAUAUCGAGCUGCUAGAAUGGCUCCUUGAGCAAGGCGCCGACAUCAAUGCGCCUGCUGCCAAUAAUAAUGGCCGCACCGCCCUCCAAGCUGCUGCAUCAGCAGGUCAUGGCGAUAUAUUGGAUAUCCUACUACAGCAUGGAGCGCGUAUCAAUGCGCCGGCUGUUAGGUAUAAAGGGGUUACGGCGCUUCAAGGCGCAGCGCUAGGUGGUCGUCAACACAUCGUUCGGCGACUGUUAGAAGCUGGAGCCGAUGUGAAUGCGCAAGGCGCGUAUUACAAUGGGUAUACAGCACUUUCGGCGGCGGCAGAGAGUGGCCAUUAUGCGAUUGUACGGAUGUUGCUCAACGCUGGCGCCGAUGUAUCCGCUGUGUCAGGAAACAAGACACGAACUGCAGCACAAAUUGCAAACUUCAGAGGGGAAGAGGAUAUCGCACAACUUCUCCAGCGGAGUGGCUAG